CGACCCCACUCAUUUAUACCGAUUAUUUAUUCUUCCACGAUCACUGUGAUCAUUUAUGACAUCGUAUUUAUCCCGAAGCCUCGUGGCGCAGUGGCCGGAGCCCGGGCUUGGGAGUCGCAGAAUUCACAGUUCAAAGGACCUUUUCUGGAAUUUCACCGAGUGCCCGCGAUUCUAUCAUCCUGACUUCUGAGCAUCCUGAAAUAAGCUUUAUCGAAAUUGCGGUGCAUGAAAAACGAGAACAAAACUUUAACGCUCACGUACUGUGGUCGAGGCUGUUUUCUCCAUACAUCUGGCCCCGACGUCGCUAUAUUAGUAACGCAGCUUUCAAAGCCUUCAGUUCACUGAGCUAGAGGAAGAACUUGAAGGUAGCGACAGAGAGACCAUGGGAAAAUCAGCUUCCAAGCAAUUUGCUGACGAGGUGUUGCGCGCUCACAACGACUACAGACAGAAACACGGCGUCCCUUCCUUAAAGCUCUGCAAGAAACUCAACCGGGAAGCUCAACAGUAUGCGGAAGCCUUGGCUAGCACAAAAGUCCUCAAACACAGCCCCGAAUCCAGCCGGGGACAGUACGGCGAAAACCUAGCAUGGGCUUCUUAUGACCAACCAGGAAAGGAAGUAGCUGACAGGUGGUACAAUGAAAUAAAAGAUUACAACUUUCAACACCCAGGAUUUACCUCCGGAACGGGACACUUCACGGCCAUGGUGUGGAAGAGCACGACGAAGAUGGGCGUCGGGAAGGCCUCCACCUCGGACGGCUCGUCGUUCGUCGUGGCCCGGUAUCUGCCCGCCGGAAAUGUCGUCAACCAGGGCUUCUUCGAAGACAACGUUCUGCCGCCGAAGAAGUAAUUUCCCAAACCCGAGGGAGUGUGUUGGACUGGAGAGAUUAAGAAGUAAAAUGCAUACAAAAUCGAA